AUGUCACUGUACAAAGUCACAAUCAUUGGCUCUGGCAACUGGGGUUCAGUUGUAGCCAAAUUGGCGGCGGUAAAUACGUUGAAGUACCCGUCGUUGUUCGACUACAAGGUGUACUUGUACGUGUAUGAGGAGAUCGUGGAGGGACAGAAGUUGAGUGAGAUCAUCAACACGACACACGUAAAUGUCAAGUACCUCAAAGGACACAUCCUGCCUGAUAAUAUUGUAGCAAUCCCAGAUUUAUUCAAAGCCUGUGUGGGAUCGGAUAUCCUGGUCUUCGUCCUCCCAAUCCAGUUCAUUCCAAACGUCUGCUACCAACUGAGGUACAGGGUUAAGAAGACUGCCAUUGCUAUGACGAUGAUUAAGGGCUUCAACGUGGAAGAUGGAAGGUUGAGUUUGAUAUCGAACACGAUCAGGCGGGAAUUGAACGUUCCCUGCGCUGCCCUCAUGGGGGCCAACAUUGCCGAGGGGGUCAUCAGGGAGGAGUUCUGUGAGGCAACUAUUGGAUGCAACGACCUACAGCAUUCAGAAAUCUUCAAAAAGUUGUUUGAGACGAAGUACUUUCGAAUCAGAUGCGUCCCUGAUGAAGAAACUGUCGAGAUGUGUGGCGCCCUUAAGAACGUGAUAGCAUUGGCGGCAGGGCUGGUGGAUGGAUCGAGGGCGGGCAGUCAGAACACGAAGGCCACCAUCAUAAGGCUGGGAUUUGUGGAGAUGAUCGAGUUCUGCAAGAGGUACUUUCCAAACACGCGUUUGGAGACGUUCUUCGAGAGUUGCGCCAUAGCCGACUUGAUAGCCUCCAGCUACGGGGGUAGGAAUAGGAAGGUGGCCGAGUAUUUUGCCAAUGAACCGGAAAAGACUCUGGCAGAACUGGAAGAAGAAAUGCUACAAGGACAGAAGCUGCAGGGGCCGAUCACAGCUGCCAACAUCUAUUCCAUACUUGAGAGGGAGAGUGAAGUGGAGAAAUUUCCGAUCUUUCGUGCGGUUCACCUGACCAUGAUCAAGAAGAUUCCGGUCAGUGAGUUCAUGUUGUGCGUCCAGAACCACCCACAACACUCCAUUCUGUAG